AUGGAAACGAUAAUUGUAACGGUAACAGUAAUGGUAGCGGUAAUGGUCACGAUGACAAUAACGGUGAUGGUGACAGUGACGGUAACGGUGAUGGUGAUGGUGACGGUAAUAGUAUCAAUAAUGGUGAUGAUGACUAUAAUGGUAACAGUGACAAUAAUGGUCAUGGUCACGGUCACGGUAAUGGUAAAGGUAACGGUCACUGUAUCAAUAACAAUCAUAGUAAUGAUGAGGGUAGCGGCAACAGUAACGAUAUCAGUGACUGUAACAGUGAUGCUGACGAUGACGGUGAUGGUGAUGGUGACAGUAACGAUAACGAUAACGUGGAUGGUGACGGUGACAAUAACUGUAACGGUAAUGGUGACGGUAACAAUAACAGAAACAAUAACGGUAACGGUGACGAUGAGUGUAAUGAUAACGGUGACUGUGAUGGUAACGAUGACAGUCACGGGUAACGGUAAGGAUAAUGAUAACGAUGACGAAAAUGGUCAUGAUAACGAUCACGGUCAUGGUAAUAGUGACGAUUUCGAUAAUGGUAAUGGGAACGACCACGAUCACAAUAACAGUCACAGUAACGGUGACGUUAAUGGUUACGAUAACGGUAACUAUAACAGUGACGGUAAAAAUAACGGUGGCGGUGACGAUGGUGGUAAUAGUGACUACAACAAUAAAAGUGAUGAUAAUGGUUACGGUGAUGGUAACGAUAUCGUGGACGAUAACUGUAAUGGUAACAGUAACUGUGAUCAUAACGGUAACUGCAACAGUGAUGAUAAUGAUGACGGUAACAGUAACCGUGACGGUAAUGGCAGUAGUGACGGUAACAGUAACGGUGAUAGUAACAACAAUAGUGACGAUAACGAUGAUAGUGAUGGUAACGGUAACGAUAACGAUGACAAUGACGGUAAUUGUAACGGAAAGGGUGACGAUAAUGGUCAUGAUGACAGUAACGGUGACGAUUAUGUUGAAGCUCACGGUAACGAUGAUGGUAAUGGUGACCGUAACAGUUACAGUGAUGGUGACGAUAACGGUGAUGGUAACCAUGACGGUAAUAGUGACAAUAAUGGAUACGAUAACAGUAAUGAUAAUGGUAACGAUAAUGGUGACGAUGACGGUAACAGUCACGAUAAAGGUGACGAUAACGAUGAUGGUAACGAUAACGGUAACGGUGAUAAUAAGGGUGACAGUAACGAUUAUGAUAACUGUAAAGGUAACAGUAACGGUAAUGAUGAUGGUAACAGUCACGGUCACAGUAACAAUGACGGUAAUGAUGAUGGUAACGAUGACGGUGAUGCUAACGGUGAUGGUGACUGUCACAGUGACGUUAACGGUCACGAUAUCGAAGACGAUAACAGUGACGGUCAUGAUGACGGUAAUAGAAAUGGUGACGAUAACGAUAACGGUGAUAGUAACGUUUAUAUUGACGGUAACGGUAACUGUCUUGAUAAUGGUCACGAUAACGGUUAUGGUGACGGUAACGGUAAUAGAAAUGGUGAUGCUAACGGUAACGGUGACAGUAACGAUAAUAGAAAUGGUGAUGCUAACGGUAACGGUGACAGUAACGAUAACGGUAACGUUUAUAGUGACGAUAAUAGUAGCUAUCUCGGUAAUGGUGAUGGUGACGGUAACAAUAAUGGUGACGGUGACGAUAAUAAUAACAGUGACAGUUAUCGUAAUGAUAAUAUUAACGGUGAUGGUGACGGUGACAAUAACGGUAAUCGUGACAAUAAUAGUGACGUUAACGGUUAUGGUGAUGGUAAUAAUAAUGGUAACAAUGAUGGUGAUAGUAAUGGUAAUUGUAACGGUGACGGUUAUGGUGACGGUGACAGUAACGGUGACGAUGAUGGUGAUUGUAGUGGCUAUGGUGAUGGUGGUAGAAGUAGUAAUGGUAGUGGUAAUGGUGACAAUUACUGUAACAGUAACGGUAAUGGUAAUGGUCACGAUAACGAUGACGGUAAUAUUAACAGUGCUGGUAAUUGUUACGAUGAUAGUAACGGAGAUGGUGAAGGUGAUCGAAAUGAAGAUGGUAACGGUAAGAGUGAUGGUGACGAUAACGGUUACAUCAAUGGUUACGGUAACAAUUACAAUAAAGAUUACGGUCACAAUAACGGUAAUGGUAACGGUGAUGGUGACAGUUACAGUGACGAUAAUAGUAAUGGUAACAAUAACAGUGACGAUAAUAGUAAUGGUAACAAUAACAGUGACGGUAACGGUGACUGUUAUAGUACUGGUGAUGCUAAGGGUCACGAUCAAGGUAACGAUGACGGUAACGGUAAUAGUGAUGGUAACAGUAAUGGUGAUAGUAAUAGUUACGGUAACGAUCACGAUAACAGUAAUGGUUAG